AUGUCGGAGAGUGUGCUGAACGGUGUGAUGGCCGAUCGCACCGCGGCGGCUCCGGGUCCAGUGUCGGACAGCGCCGACGCGUCGGACCGGGACGCCCUGGAGGAGGAGGACGGGCUGACGCACCACGAGCUGGAGGCGGUGUACCGCAGCACGCUGGCCGACCUGUUGGCCGCUGACCCGCUACUGAGCGACCUGCCGCCGGCGCCGACCCCGGCCGAGGUCAGGUCCCUGUUGGCCCUCGAGCAUGGCACGGCCAUGGCCGUGCUCUUCAACAGAGGAGACAAGCUGACCCGGGUCAUUGUGGAGCGGACAGCUACGGUGCGUGACCUGAAGCGGGCCCUGCGCGGCGCCGUCGAGCUGGAACUGGAGCGCCAGUGUCGCCGCCGGCUGAUCAGCUGGCGCUACGUGUGGCGCACCAACUGGCUGUGCUUCGAGGGCCGCCAGCUGACUGACGACAACGCGCGGCUAGCCGACCUCGGGCUGACGAACCGGGCCGAGGUGCGGUUUGUGCCGCGCAUACGUGCCAAACGGGGCCAGCGGGACAAGAAGGGGGGCCAGGUGCAAACCUGAUCCCGUGUUGUCGUGUCAGUGGAACAAGAAGGGCGGCCAGGGACAGACCUGAGCCCCUGCGGCCGGGUCAGCGGGACAAGGAGGGCGGCCAGGGACAGACCUUAGCCCCUGCGGCCGGGUCAGCAGGACAAGAAGGGCGGCCAGGUGCAGACCUGAGCCCCUGCUGCACGGUCAGCGAGACAAGAAGGGCGGCCAGGGACAGACCUGGCUCCUGCUGCCGGGCCAGCGGGACAAGAAGGGCGGCCAGGUGCAGACCUGAACCCCUGCUGCCGGGUCAGGCGCAUUGCGUUGGCGGCCGGUGAUGACCCUCGUGAUGUUCCCUUGUUCGCCUGUCGUAGGAUGUAGCUGGAUAAGCUCCCGGAGCAGGCGUGGUGUGCUGCCUACGCUUCGGUGGCAUGAAGGCGGACUCUAGUCUUAUCGCCGCCGGCCGUCGCUGCGUUGCAAUUGGAAUAAUGACGGCAGUACUGGCGGCAUCAUUGAGAUGUCGCUACCAGGUGACAGUGGUGCGAAACAUAUAGUGCAGAGUUGGGGUGACAUACAUUAUGAAGAGAAGCGUC